CCCAGUCCCAGCCCUGAUAUUAGAGGAAAGAAACACGUUGUUUCCAAACUGGAACCCGGAAGAACAACCAUAAAUAAGCAAAUCAAUAAUCCCUUCCCUUGGUCCCCUGUCUCUCUACCCAAGUACUCAGUCGGCGCAACGCAACACAGUCAGAGUGAUCGCCAGUGGGGAAGGCUACCAGCAGCAAUCCAAUCUAAUCCACCUCCACUCCCCCGCCGCCGCCGCACCUGGACUGCCCGGAUCCGCCGCCGCCGCCUCCUCUGGGGUUGAUUGAUGGCCACGCCGUUCCACAGCCCGCCCUGCCCAACAGCCGAGCUUCUCCUCCACCGUCUCUAGAAGCUUCACCCCCCCCCCCCCCCCACGUCGCCGCUUCCCAAACCCUAGCGUAGCGCCUCGUCGAGGGUGAGAAGGAGGGUGGGCAUGGAUAGGAUCGUCGGGGCUAAGUACAAGCUGGGCCGCAAGAUCGGGAGCGGCUCCUUCGGGGAGAUCUACCUCGCCACGCACGUCGACACGUACGAGAUAGUCGCCGUCAAGAUUGAAAGCAGCAAAACAAAUCAUCCCCAGUUGCUUUAUGAGGCCAAGCUGUAUAAUGCUCUUCAGGGAGGGACUGGAAUUGCAAACAUAAAAUGGUGUGGCAUCGAUGGUGAGGACAAUGUGCUUGUUAUUGAUUUGCUGGGGCCAAGCCUUGAGGAUCUAUUUGUUUAUUGUGGUCGAAGAUUCUCGCUAAAGACGGUCUUGAUGUUAGCGGAUCAGAUGAUAACAAGAGUAGAAUUCAUGCAUUCCAAGGGAUAUUUGCACAGAGAUAUCAAGCCUGAUAACUUCCUCAUGGGCCUUGGUCGUAAAGCUAACCAGGUCUACAUUAUUGACUUUGGGCUUGCAAAGAGGUACCGUGACGCAACUACUAAUCGCCACAUACCUUAUAGGGAAAAUAAAAACUUGACCGGCACAGCUCGAUAUGCAAGUUGCAACACUCAUCUUGGCAUUGAGCAAAGCCGAAGAGAUGAUUUGGAAUCCAUUGGUUAUGUUCUUCUGUAUUUUCUCAGGGGAAGUCUUCCUUGGCAGGGUUUAAAAGCUGCCACAAAGAAGCAGAAAUACGAUAAAAUAAGUGAGAAAAAGCUCGCAACACCCAUCGAGGUUUUAUGUAAAUCCCAUCCUGUUGAAUUUGCUUCUUAUUUUCAUUAUUGCCAUUCAUUGACAUUCGAUCAACGGCCGGAUUAUGGAUUUUUGAGAAGGCUCUUUAGAGAUUUGGCUGACCGUGAAGGUUAUCAGUAUGAUCAUGUUUUUGAUUGGACACUGUUGAAGUGCAAACAAUCCCAAAAAGCAAAGGCUCAACAACAAGAUCCAGGUGUAAGUAGCCGGGCGGUUCCAACGAAUAUUGAGAAGCACCAAGUUAGUGUGUCACGCCCAACAGAAGCUUCUGGUCAGCUUGAAUCAGAGCAACGCCCAGCGAUUAGAAUGCAAUUCAAAUCUACUGCUGAAAACAGUCGUUCAAGUAAUCGGCAUACUGACAAAUUGAGAGUUGGUACUAGCACUGAAAAUGUCUUGCUGCAAUCCACAUCAUUUGGCCAUGCUGAUGCUCCAAGGAGGAAUAUAGCAAUCUCAAAAACUCAGGGCCUCGUUGAUUCCAAUGCUCAUGGAACGAACAAUCCAGGGCCUUCUAAUCACCUUUAGCAUCUGUAUCAGUUCAUGAGAGCAUAUUGGUCCAUGCAGACCACCAUUGGUGGUAUCAGAAGCAAAGUUUGUGGAAGCCUAGAAAAAAAUUAGGUGGAAGAAAUGGGAAAUACAUGUAUACCUAGUUGUAUGUUGGCUCUAGGCAUGCGCCUUAUUUGACAAUAAUAAUAGUUCAGGCGUUUAAAAAUGUCACUGUAUAUGACUUCGGGAGAGAAUCCAGAGCAAAGCUGUAUGCCCUCAAAUGUUUUGGUGCAUGAAGCCGUUGCCAAAAAUUGCUGUCAGGCUUUUAAGGUGUCCUCUGUAUUGAUUGAGGUGAUUACUACCUAACAGAAACAGUGGUUAGGUGUGCUGUUAGCCUGUUACUGUUCAGCAUCUUUUAGCGUGCAGUGGUCAAGAAGUUCACUUUUCCAUAUUAUGUGGAUAAUAUAUGGAAGCUUAGGAAUGUCAGUACCCUCUUUUGUGUUCUACAUGUGUGAAUGCAUUGUAACGUUUUACCUGGGCUCAUUUAUUCAGGGUUCUUUGCCAAUUAAAAUUUUAACGAUGCUAUAAUGAUUGCUAAAAGAGAUCUUGGAGGCUCAUUGGAACAGCUUUAGCCAUAAUUAGGGAUCAGCGCCAGCGCGAUAAUGGAACUUACACUCAUCAUCUAAUUGUGGGAUCUCCAUCUGACUUUCAGUUAUGUCAGUUUGCUGCUGUCAAUCCACCAGCCAAAAAUUGAGAUCUUAUUCAGCUUGGAUGGGCUUGCAGUCUCUAAUGAGUUUGGCAUCAUAUCCAACCUAUCAAAGAUUAUGAGGAGCUUUCUCCGAAGUAUUUAUGAUUUGGUUAGCAUGGCAUACUUUAUUUUCAUCUUGACUUGUCAACAUCAAUAUGCCUAAGCAAAUGGUUUGCUUCCUGUGAAAAAUGGCAGAGCAAAUUCAGGGCCAUUUGGACUUUCAAGUGCAACUCUACUGUGGCUUAUGAUGCAGAUCACUCUUUGAAUCUAUGAGAGCAAGAAACCUGGUGGUUUUGUUUCACAGAGGUAAAUUGGUUAUCAUUUGUGCCAUGUGAGCUGUUGACACUUGGCGAACAUGGCUUGGCUGGUUUGUGUUCUGCUAGAUGAUUUCUACUCUGAUGUGUAAUUGAAGAGCUCUCGUGUCAUAAUUUGUAUAGAAUCAAUAUUUCAUUAUUCUAAUAUUUAUAAAGACAUCCAAAUGAAAGCGGGGUUUUUGGCAUGGAGCUUCAA